AUGUCGCCUCAGAUCGUCAUCUUCUACAACGUGGUCAUGCCGGAUCGGCCACGCCUGCGACGCGGCGCAUUGGAUCUACCCGACAUCGGUGUCAAGAUAGAAGAUUGGGGGUCCGAAUUGCGCGGCAACGCUUCAUUCACAGACGCCUGGGAGUUCGGCGUGCCCUUGGAGGCAGGCUUCAAGGUCGGCGACAGGGUCUCCCAGGUUCUCUCCGUGACAGUGGCAGCCAGCAACCGCGAGAACAUCCGCCCGCGAGCCGACGAUCGCCCCUGCGUUAUCCGCGGCCGCAGUGGCGCCCUGAAGAGUGUGAGGAGUUUCUGCGUCUCCUGCGCUUGCGCGGUCGACGCGGACCGCACCGCCGACGCCAGGGCCGCUCUGCGACACUUUCCCUCUGGUCAGCGAUCGAGCCUGUUUGCUUUGCUCCGCGGCCCAGCGAGCAUGGGCAUCCGACUUGCGCUGGGAAGCAUUCUGGACUCCAUGGAGGAGCAGCUUCUCGAUUGGAAACCUCGGAUCAAGAACAACAAGGAUGCGCUGAACAAGGAGCUGGAUCGUUGGACUGGUCUCGGGCGCGUCCUGAAGCGAGCGGCCUACGGCGCCCCCGUGCAGCUGGGGUGGUCGGACUUGGAGGAGUUUGUGGUGUCUCGGGAUCCUUGCCGCUUCGGCCCAGGCGUCGGGCUGGGCCGAAUGCUCGGCGAGCAAUGCAGCUGCGGGGUGUUAUCUUUCCGCAGCAAUGCGCAGAAGCAUCAUGGCGACGUCGUCCCGGAGAGCAUGUGGGCCCCUUACGUCGUACAUCAGCUGAAGAACAAUUGCAUCCACGCGUUUCUGGCUGGCGAAAUCACCUAUUCCGGCACCGGCAACGUGCUCGUGCCAGCCUGCGCGAACGACGUUGACUGCAGCCUCGACGUCUGGGACACCUUGGUCCUGGACCACCCCGUGGUGGACCCGGACCACGUUCGCGAUCACGUGGCGCUCGUCGUGGCGGAAGAGCAGAUGCGGGCGGUCGCGGCCGCUGCGGCGGAGAAGCAGACGGGGGCAGGCGCAGGUGCCGUGGAGCGCGGUGAGCUCCACCUGUGCCUCGCGACCGCGGGCACUGACGAGGAGCCGCUCCUGCGACUGCAGCGCGGGACGUCAGUCCGCGGGCGGGUAUUCGCUUGCAUCGGUGAGUAUGUUGGCGCUGAGGCAAAUGCUAUCGCUGCCUUGAAGCGCAGCCUCCGCACUGAUCCGUCGCCGUGCUGCCGGUCGCUGCUGCCGGAGCACGGCGUGGCAUCCGCUGGCGUCCAGCGCAAUCCCAGUGUCUUCGAGCAGAUGAGUUCCGAGGAGAUCUUGAAGCAGUCCACGGACAUCGGCAAACAGUUCACGAACGCCCAGAUGCAGUUCAUCGACCGCGCACUUGACCGGGAAGAUGGCGUUGCCCUGUGCGAGGCCUACCCUGGCACUGGCAAAUCAGCGACGGCGGCAGGCAUCAUUGCCAACGCGGCGAGGCAUUGCUCUGGCAAUGCCAAGUGCGUGGCCCUCGCCCAGCAGCGUGCCAUGCGCGACGAGCUGCUGUCCAACAUCCGAUCCGCGCUAGACGACCCGCUGGCCGCCGCCGGCGUGGGCCGACCUGCGGACGAAGCUCCGUCAGACGACGACUCCUAUUUGGAUUCGCAACUGCUAUCGGCAGUGAGCGGGCGAUUCGCCGACCUGCAGAUGCGCAUCGAGGAACUGCGCGACGACCUGGCCGCCGUUCGCUGCAAUCCGGACGAGGGCUCGCUCGAGCGGAGAGAGUGGUUGGAGAAGACGGAGCUGAUGCGGCACCUGUGCUUCGAGUACGACGCGCUCCAGGAGGAAGCCGCGGAGAAGCUGUUCCACGACGUGCGCGUCUUCGCCAUGACCAUCGACGCUUUCAACAACGUCCAGAGCGGCCGCAGCUGGUUAUCCAGGAUCUUCAAGCGGUUCGAGAUUGCAUUCGUCAUCGUCGACGAGGUGCACCAGGCCAACUUCGGCGAAGUGUACGCCGCUUUGCAAUCAGCGCCGAGCGCGGUCGUGUACUUCGACUCCGCCCAGGAGAUCCGCCACCGACCUGCGACGGAGUUCCUGCGGGAGCCGAGGCCCGACAGAGCAGGUAAUUACUACGAGUGGCAGAUGGCCUGUCACGGGAAGUCCCGCGUGCGUGCUUGGGACCAUGUUCCCGCAGACAGCGUAUCGUCCUUGCCAGUCGCACAUCGGUUCGGCCCUGCGCCUGCCAAGCUCCUCAGGGCAAUCUCAGCUGUCUACGGUCGGCCUGGCCGGGAAAUCAAGUGCGCGAUCGAAUGCGCCCGAGAGAGCGGGGACUCGUCCGUGGACUUGUCGAUUGCCCCGUACACUGCGAUGCGCUUCGUGUUCUACAGGGGCGCGCGAUGGAUUCCAUCGCUAUCCCGCGGUGUACUCGCCGACGACGCAGCGGAGGUGGGCCAGGUUGAUCGCGCAGCUCCGGGCUCGUCUGCCGCGGGAGCAACGAGGUCACGAACGUCGACGUUGCGCGCCGGAGCUUCCGACGUCAUUUUCGCCCAGAUGCUGUUCGAGGGCUUGUUCUUCCUGCGCGUGCUGGCGAGAGGUUGA